UAUAUGGGAAUAGGUGCCACCAUGUGAUAUGCUUUUACUGAGGCUCAUAAUGAUAUUGGCCCCUCUUUACUCCUAUUCCAGUUAUUAGUAAUACUAAUUCUUGAUUUCUUUCCUUAUUCUCUCUCUCUUACAAAGGAAAAAAAUUUGCUUUUUUUCCAUCUUGUAUUCCUUUCUUCUAAGUUCUUUUGAGAGUUUUUAGGCCUACCCUUUUCUUUAUUUGCUUUAUAUAUUUUCAUCAAAGGGUUGAGCCAAAUACCACAAAUCAACUUAGCAAUAUCAAACAAGAAGUAUAAGUAUGAGUGGAAAUCAUAUGAUUUUUGUGUUACUUUUGCCUAUUUUGUUUCCUACACUUUUCACUACUCUCAGCCAUGCCUCAAACACCAUUCUCUCGGAUUUGAAUGCUCCAAAAUUCAGGCACUCACGUCUUGCGAAGAGUGCUUUACGCCGCCAAACUUCCAAUGAAGAACUGUCAGAGCUUUGGACACCUUUGGCACACCAAGGAUGGAAACCUUGUACUGAAUCUGAUGCUGCAUCAAGAGUACCUGAAAAAUCUGAGGGAUACAUUCAAGUGUUCCUUGAUGGAGGACUAAAUCAACAGAGAAUGGGGAUCUGUGAUGCAGUCGUCGUUGCCAAGAUUCUGAAUGCCACACUUGUGAUCCCUCAGUUGGAAGUGAAUCCUGUUUGGCAAGAUUCGAGCUCAUUCGAGGAUAUCUUUGAUGUGGAUCACUUCAUCAAUGUAUUGAAAGACGACGUAGCUAUAGUUAAAGAGUUGCCUGAUGAAUUCUCUUGGAGCACACGAGAAUAUUAUGGCACAGCUAUUCGACCUACAAGAAUCAAGACCGCUCCGGUUCAUGCUUCAGCACAUUGGUAUUUGGAGAACGUGUCACCUGUCCUGCAGAGUUAUGGAAUUGCUGCCAUAGCACCAUUUUCUCAUCGAUUGACGUUCGACAACAUGCCCAAGUACCUCCAGCACCUACGAUGUAAAGUCAACUUUCAAGCAUUGGACUUUGUUCCUCACAUCAGACAUCUCGGGGAUGCCCUUAUCAAUCGCCUGAGGUAUCCUCUUAGCGAAGGCAACAUGGUUAGCAACAACUACCUUAGAGAGGUUACUGAUCUUAAGCCCAACCAAGGAGCUGGCAAGUUUGCUGUUCUUCACCUUCGCUUUGACAAGGACAUGGCUGCUCAUUCAGCCUGUGAUUUUGGUGGCGGUAAGGCUGAAAAUCUGGCUCUAGCUAAAUACAGGCAAGUAAUUUGGGGAGGAAGGGUCAUCAACUCUCAAUUUACUGAUGAAGAAUUAAGAAGUCAAGGACGGUGCCCAUUAACCCCAGAAGAAGUUGGAUUGCUGCUGGCAGCUUUGGGAUUCGACAACAGCACUCGCCUAUAUCUUGCCUCCCAUAAGGUUUAUGGCGGGGAACGUCGGAUUUCAGCCUUGAGAAGUUUGUUCCCGUUGAUGGAAGACAAAAAGAGCCUUGCGUCUUCUGAGGAAAGAGCUCUUAUCAAAGGAAAGGCUUCCCUAUUGGCCGCAGUUGAUUAUUAUGUUGGCAUGCACAGUGAUAUUUUCGUUUCCGCCUCCCCUGGAAAUAUGCACAAUGCAAUGGUGGGACAUAGAACAUACAACAAUAUGAAGACAAUAAGGCCAAACAUGGCACUAUUAGGCCAGCUUUUCUUGAACAAGACACUAACUUGGCCUGAGUUUCAAGAAUCAGUAGUUGAUGGGCACCAGAACAGACAAGGCCAAAUCAGAUUCCGCAAACCCAAGCAAUCACUCUAUACAUAUCCUGCUCCUGAUUGCAUGUGCCAAGCUUGAUUUGUGGGGUUACCAUAUAGAUCUUUAUUAUUUGUUUGGACCUCAAAUUAUUAUUGUUUAUUAUGCCUAUAUAAUAGUUAUAAAUAAAAUGCCACCCCCUUUUGUUGACUUAUAGGGGAUAUAUAUUUAUGUGUUACCACGUGAGGUUUACUUAUAGGGGUGGAAUGUGUUGUACAAUGUAUGUAUUACUCCUAUGAAGAGUGCAUAUACAGAUAGUAGUAUUCUAGUCUGACAGAUAUUUACUAUGUAUGUCAGUUCUGUAGUUUAUUUAAAAGGGUGUUUCAUUUGGUUUUGAUGUAGUAGAGGUUGAUAAUUAUCCAAUGGCAGCCAGUGGAUCUGAUUUUCCUUGAUUGA